AUGGGCUCUACCGGAGACAUUUCUCCCCUGCGCUACUUUCGCUCCCACCCGGAUGACGUCCCGGCCACGGCGGACCCUUUCAUCGUCAAUGCCGCGACGGGGUUUCUGCCCACCAAACUACCUCUGCGUCGGCUCCCGGCUACCUUUAACGCCCUGAGUAACAUCUUGGAUGAAAUGCCGGUUCUCAAGCAGGACGGCUCUCCGGGUCUGUUGGCGCAGUACCGGCUGGGCCCCCUCAUCGAUUCCGGUGCCCUUCCCGAUCUGACGGACGAGAUUGACCGUCUCGUCGUCGAUGGCACUGACGAACGGGACCUGCAUGCAAUCACGGCUGCCUUUAGGGACUACAGCUUUGUGGCCUCGUCGUACCUGCUGGAACCAUGUUGGGAGACGUGGAACUCUGACCCGGCUGGCGGAUAUGGGCUGGGAAGACAGGUUCUGCCUCGAUGCAUUGCCGGCCCUCUAGUAAAGUGUGCCGAGAUUCUGGACAUCCCGGCCUUCAUGUCCUACGCGGCCUCGUAUGCGCUCUACAACUACUACCUUGUAGACCCUGCCGCUGGUCAUGACGAGUACACUAAUAUACACCUGGUGCGCGCCUUUGAGAAAGGUCUCGAUCCAAAAUCAUCCGAGGCUGGGUUUAUCCUCACCCAUAUUCACAUGGUCGCCCUGACUGGCGGUCUCGUCCAAGGUGUCGUUGAUCUCCUCGAGGCCGUUGCCCAGGCUAAUGCCACCGGGCUCACCUCCAAACUGCAUCUGGCCGCUGCCAAGGAUGCCUUGGGACACAUUCUCCGCGCAAUGGCCGCCAUCGAGGCCAACAUGGAGAAGAUGUGGUCCAACUCGCUUCCAAAGGACUAUAUGACGUACCGUACUUUUAUCUACGGCAUCACCUCGCAGUCCAUGUUCCCCGAUGGCGUCAUCUAUGAAGGCCAGUACAACGACAAGCCCCAGUUCUUCCGCGGCGAGUCGGGUGCCAACGACUCCAUCAUACCGCUGCUCGACCACCUUUGUGAGAUCCCUAUGCCGGAGAACCCCCUCACCGUCAUCUUGCGGGACUUUCGGCAAUAUCGCCCCAAGCCCCACCGGGAGUUCCUGCGGUUUGUGCUUUCACGGGCCUCAGAAUUGCAUGUCCGAGAGUUUUGUACGAAGCGCGCCGACGCACAAACCACCCUGCUGUACCUCCGCGUGCUCGACCAUGUUCGCAGCUUUCGCUGGCGGCACUGGCUGUUCGCUCGUGAAUAUAUUCUCAAGCGAACCUCGCACCCGACUGCCACGGGGGGUAGUCCCAUUGUCACCUGGUUGCCGAACCAGCUGGGCGCCGUGCUAGAUAUGAUGGUGGAGGUGAGCAAGGAAGGCGGCCUGUGGGCUCUGGUUGAGGAGGGAGUCUUCACCGGCGGCGGGGCGCAGCUCAACGAGGAGGAAGUCCGGAAGUUGAGGGAGAUGAUGGAGAAUGUGGCUGUUCAGAAGGAGCGGUUGCAACGGGAGGUCAGCAAGUAUUGUGAGGAGCGAGGUGUUUAG